UGUGUCAUGCCCCACUCCCACGCACGUGAAUGAAGCAGAACAUUUGUUUUGUUUACUUAAAGAAAGCUGAAGCGAUAGACGCAUGUAUGUUCAAUUAGACCGAAUGCUGUGAUUUUUAUCAUCUUAUGCUUUCACCUCUAUUCAUCGCAGACUAGUCAUCAAGGGAAAUUUAAUAUCCAGCGGAUGUUUUACCCAUCGGUGUUUUUUGAACCAGCAAGUCUUCAAUAAAACUAUGACAUCUCAACGCAAUGCGAUGACAACGAUGGGACAAAUACAUGGUGUAUGUACAAAUUACCUCUGCUAUGUACAAGUAACUGCUACUUUGCUGCUACUUUGUCAGAUUACUGCAGGGUAUGGGAAUGUGAAUUCCGAAGUUAACCAAAAUCUCCCUGGAAUAUCUGCUAGGAAUAUUCCUGAGGACGGUCCUGAGAUUUUCUUUGUAAGAAAAAUGAAGUGGAAUGGUCAUUCGAUUGCGACCCAUGACAGUUGUGACAUCACGUCCAUACUGCUAACAUGUAGUCAGUCGGCACAUGCGUCGGGAGAAGAAUUCAAAUGGGAGACAUGCGGUGCAGUGCGGUCAUGUAUUACCAAGGCAUCUGUUCGGUGCACUCACAAGCACUCACAAAGCCACAAGCAACGUCACAAAGUGGGAGAAGUGAGGAGAAAAAAAUAUCAUGACGUCAGCAGCUCGGCAGAAACAUGCGUAGACCAGAUCAGCCAGUGCAUCAGGGAUUUUUCACAGUCUAAAGCAAGCUGUCAGACGAGACUUAAAACAUGCGUCCAUCAAAACCAAGUCUUUUGUGCCAAUGAGAAAUUAGAGAUAUUAAGUCGCAGGAUUUACCGACCACUGUUAAGAGAACUGCGGAAAGAAAAGAACUAAAAGCUAAAUAUUCACUUUCAAAUAUAUGACUACUGGCUAAGGCCAAGAUUUAAAAGUAUGAAAUUUUUGUCUCCGUAUAACGUUUUCAUUCACGAGUUUUGGUGUAAUUUACUGUGUAAUACAACAACAAUUUUACCGUGAUAAUAUUAAAAAAGAAACGUGUGACACAGAGCCGUCAUGUAAUGACCAUCGAUCAUCACACAUUAAAAUUGUUUUACUAUGGAGCCCCAAAAAUUCGCUUCUCACAUUUUGAUUCACCGCUGUAAGCUUGGUGAAUCUCGUGUUUUUCUCCUUUUUAUUGUAUCAUUUUUUCUUAUAUUAUUAUUAUUUAUGACAUUUAAUGGGCAUUGAUUAAAACAGACUUUGAAUUUUACAUACUUUUUAAAAUCAUUUUAAGUUGU